GAGAAUUUGUCGCCGAAGAUGGCGGGCGUUUGCUUGUGGAGGAAGGGAAGCGUCUGGUUACCGCUGAGGGCGGCGUGUCUGCUGCAGGCAUCUCGCAGCGCAGCCACUGAGGCUGCACCCGCCACUCGAAUUAAAAAGUUUGCAAUUUACAGAUGGAAUCCAGACAAACCAGGUGAUAAGCCACGCAUGCAGACCUAUGAGAUUGAUCUGAACACGUGUGGCCCAAUGGUCCUGGAUGCUCUCAUUAAGAUCAAGAAUGAGAUGGAUUCCACACUGACGUUCCGCAGAUCGUGCAGAGAGGGCAUCUGUGGCUCCUGUGCCAUGAAUAUCAAUGGUGGAAACACACUUGCUUGCACCUGCAAGAUUGACACCAACAUCAACAAAGUAUCAAAGAUCUAUCCCUUACCUCAUAUGUACGUGGUGAAGGACCUUGUGCCGGACUUGAGUAACUUCUAUGCACAGUACAAGUCAAUUCAGCCUUACCUGAAGAAGAAGGACGAGUCACAGGAGGGAAAGCAGCAAUAUGUGCAAUCUAUUGAAGACCGACAGAAACUGGAUGGCCUGUACGAAUGUAUUCUCUGUGCGUGCUGCAGCACCAGUUGCCCAAGUUAUUGGUGGAACGGGGAUAAGUACUUAGGGCCUGCCGUCCUCAUGCAGGCGUAUCGCUGGAUGAUCGACUCCCGAGAUGAGUUUACGGAGGAGCGUCUGGCUCAGCUGCAGGAUCCCUUCUCUCUCUAUCGCUGUCACACUAUCAUGAAUUGCACACAGGCUUGCCCCAAGGGUCUGAACCCAGGGAAAGCAAUUGCUGAAAUUAAGAAGAUGAUGGUAGUUUACAAGACCGAGGCUGCAAAUGCAUAGCUGCUGUUUCUCACCAUCCACUCUACACUUGUAUCUACAAUGUAAUUAUAGUGUAAAUGUUUGCAGUGUCAAAAAUCUCCAAUAAAAUGUUGGCACUCUCGAGCAAAGGGUGCUUGUCUAGGACUG